AUGCACGUCGCUCUUCCGAAGCUGGUCCCAUCAUCAUGAUUGGCUAGAGGAGGACACUGACAGCCUCCACAAUGCUCUUCACAGGUCGACCCAACUUCACGACCGACCGAAUGGUAUCUCGUUCUUGCUACUGAUCAGCCGGCAAGGACGGGUGCGCCUGGCCAAAUGGUACACAACGAUGUCGACUAGGAACAAGAGUGCGUCAUUGCAUCCCCAUGCAUAGCAUAGCGUCAUUGCCUCGCGUGCAUGGCAAUGUGACUGCCUGGCAGACAAGCUGGCCAGCGAGAAGAAGAACCCACGUGGAACUCCCAUCCUCCUGCUGAUCGGCAAGGUCGGCCGAGAACAGACGUACCGUCUCUGACCAUGCUCUGGAUAUACAGAUAAGAUCAUUAAAGACGUGACACAACUUGUCCUUGCCCGGCGGACACGGAUGUGCAACUUCCUCGAGUACAAAGGUGCGUGGACAUCGACGAAAGCCUCGAAGAGGCCAGGUCGGGGCUAGGAGGUCGGCGAGCACAGAGCGACGGCUGAUCCGUCUUCCUUGUCACACAGAUUCCAAAGUGGUUUACCGAAGAUAUGCAAGUCUAUUCUUCGUCACUGGUAUCGGCCACAGCGACAACGAGCUUAUAACACUUGAGAUCAUUCAUCGGUAAAUGGCUUCCCAACCUCGCUAAGCCUCAGUUGCCAGUGCACUGAACAUGUGCCUGCUCUUCUAUCAGCUAUGUCGAGGUCUUGGAUCGCUACUUUGGCAAUGUAUGCGAGCUGGACUUGUGAGUCCGUUGCUCAGCCAUUCGGCGUCUCUAGCCAACCCUGUCCGUCAUCUGCGCAAAGCUUAACAGUCUGCCCGUCAUUGCUCCAGAAUCUUCAAUUUCCAAAAAGCGUACUCGGUAACUCUCAUCUUCUAAGUGGAACAGCCCAGUUCGAGCUGAAACUGACGGUUUGCUUCGAGCUCGACGGCUUUCGUAACAGAUUCUUGAUGAAUUGAUCAUAGCGGGCGAGAUGCAAGAGUCGAGCAAAAAGUCGGUUUUGCGUGCGGUCAGUCAGAGCAGAUGGCGUGGUCCAAUGUCACAAAACCAAGAUAAGCUGACGUGGUUUUGAUUGUUUCUUGCAGGUCGGUCAGAGCGAUUCAAUCGAGGAAGCCGAAACAAGCGAAGAUUCACUGGCACGACUUUCGUCCGGACACGCUAGGGGUUAA